AUGACUGAGACAGCACCAUCGAUUAGCACAAAGCUCGAGUUUGUUGUUGAUAUAAAUCGACAAGAACAAGUUGAUCAAUUACAAAAAUUAUUAGCCAAUCGAAAAGAUAUUGAAAAUUUCAAUAUUGAUCUAUCAUCAAAAAGAUUAGUUCUUAAUACAACAUUACAAUCGUCAAAAAUUCAAAAAUUAAUUGAACAAUCGCUUGAUACUAAUGCUGUACUAUUAGGCGCUGGAAAACCUUUAGGUGCUGCUGUUUCAGCACUUUAUAGUAAUAUGAAUCAACCAUUUGAACGUCGUACUCGUGGUUUAGUUCGAUUUAUUCAAACCGAUGACGAACAAUGUAUUGUUGAAGGAACUGUUGAUGGACUUUUACCUAAUACUCAAGCUCGCAUCAAUAUACACGAAUAUGGUGAUAUUUCCGAUGGAUGUGAUAGUUGUGGUAAUUAUUAUGAUUCAAAUAACUCAUCUUCGCAAAAAAAUUCCGGUGAAUUAACUGGCAUUCUUGGUCAAGUAAUGGCUGAUGAACAUGGUACUGCUGAUUUUCGUCUACUCAAUCGUCGAAUUCGAGUACCAGAUAUUAUUGGACGAUCAUUUGUUAUACAAAAUUCUGAUUCUCAACGUGUUGCCUGUGGUAUUAUAGCUCGAUCAGCCGGUCUUUUUGAGAAUACAAAACGUCUUUGUACUUGCUCCGGUGCUACUAUUUGGCAAGAACGUAAAGAAGCUAAAGAACGUUUUCAAUAA